GGACCGAAGUUUCAUGCUGUAAGGUUCCUGCGGCCGCCGUCGCCAAGUACCAUAAGCCGGGCGGCUCGAAACGCGCGCUUACGGCCGUCGUUCCGGAGGCGGGCCGCCGGGGCCGCGGUUGCUGUCCGGCCACGCGGUCUCACGGCUCCCGAGCGCGAGCCUUCCUUGACUCCGGUCGCCUUUCUCCCGCGGCGCGUUUUGGACAUUGCGCCCAGCGCGGCGGCAUGCCUCAGUUGGCCACUCUGUUUACGGCUGGCGGCUCGGCGACAGCGCCACCAGCUUGCCCGGGGGGCUCGCCUGGGAGCCGGGGGUCUGACGGGCCCGCGCCCGGACAACCCGCGCUGAGGGCGAGCCGUCCGGCCCGGCGGGUAGGGUCGUCCGUGCCGCGAGCCCCAGGGCGUUCGCCAACGCCCGCUGUGUUGGUCGCUCCGCCUGUCCCCCUUCCCCCCGGCGAGGGCCACCGGGCCAGGUUGCGGUGCCGCCGCGGGGCCUGGGCGGCGAACCGAGCAAACGGUCUCCGUUUACGAACGAGGAAGCCGAGGAGGGAGAGGACUCCUCCCACGUCCCACAAGCUACAGACAGACGGGACCGGACUCCCGAGUUUGCUCUGUCGGUGGCAGAGCCCGCGCGGGGUGCAGAGCGGCCAGCUGUGGUUUUGUGCUUCCGAUCUCUUGGCCUGGGAGAUGCAGAUGAGAAGGGGAUUUAAAAGACGUGAGACUCCAGAAGGGACUGACAUCGGGAGCCAUGUGAAAAACAGAACCGGUGGGCUUUCCCAGCUUCUUACAUUUCCCAAGAUGUCCAGAGAUACCUCAAGCAUAACUAGCUCCUCAGUCUCCCUGACAUUUACAGGCUCACCGACUCAGUUCCCUGACAAGAAAGUUGGCCCCGUACUUCCCCGCUCUGCCCAGCGCUUCUCAGGACUGAGCCGCAUGGAAGGCCAAGCUGCAGGAGAAAUGGAGAAAGAGAGCAACUGGGUAUUUCCCUUGGGAUCACAGCUCCUCUGAAGAAACAGAAAACAAAUGGUAAAUUGAUGGUAGAUCUGUUUACGCGGUGCAGGUAGAGUGGGCGUAGGCCUGCCUUUGAACUUGCCCAGAGGUCAUAUGAGAAAGAAACAUCCAAAUGACUGUGUUCAAAGUGUCUACUAUUUUCUCAAUUCGUUCAAUAGGCUGGAAGAUGCAGGGCUGUGAGUUGGAGAUUUGGGUGGAAAUGGUAAAAUCUGGAGAAUGUGGGCGUCGAUCCCACUACCUCUCACAUGCUAAGCGAGCGCUCUACCACCUGAGCUAAUUCCCCUGUCCUCUCUGGUUCCUUCUCCGGGUUUUCGCCUUCCUGUCCUCUCUGGUUCCUUCUCCAGGUUUUCGCCUUUCUCAUCUCCACUUCAUUGUUCACUAUUCUGAGCAGCCCCAAAUAUGGGGAAAGUCAAAGCCUUUAAUAUGAAAUCAGGGCGUAGCUUCUCCAACAUGACCAGGGCCAGAGAGCGAUGAGUACCUACCUAUUCCUAUUCCAGAGAAAGGAGGAGAAAGCAGCCCUUGGAAAACUCUAGCAUCCCCCAAAUUGCAUGAUUCAGACUCGGCGGGACUAGAAGAGGACACAUCCCAGGGUGGGAGGGAGGACUCACCCAGAACAUUCCGGCCAAGGUGGCAUAGUUAGCUGAGGAUGGUUAUCUGUUUCUUAAAGACAAAAACAAAAACACAGCAACAACAAAUGGGGGAUUAUGACUCUUUCCAGCUGGAGCUGCCCGGAACAGAAGGGGGUGGUGAUUUCUCCCAGAAGGCAAAAGAAGCCAACUGUUUCCGCCCGGUUUCGAACCGGGGACCUCUCGCGUGUUAGGCGAGCGUGAUAGCCACUACACUACGGAAACUCAUUGUUUGAAGGGAAUCUAUCUGUGUUCAAUUCUUGCUAAGGCCUGUCAUGGAGCAGUUCCAUAUCCAUACCAUGAGAGAGAGCAGAAAAACCAUUACAAACAAAACCAAGCCAAACAAUCCCCCAAAAACAAAUAGUCAGAGCUACAGGAAAUAAGAGGAGAAAUCACAUCAGAGUGAAGAAAUACAGAAUGGACAUGGAGGGGUGCAGAUGAGGAGUGAACGUAGGGUGUAUGUAGGGUUUCUUGUGUUAAGAAAUAUACCUGUUCAGUUGGAGCAGUGUGUGUGUGUGUGUGUGUGUGUGUGUGUGUGUGUGUAAUAGACACGGAGAGAUAUGUUGAGGAGAAGGGGUUGUGGAGACUUAAGAACCUUUGAAAAAUUCCAGGCAGGUGGUUUAUACAAUCAAAGUAACAAUUUUGGGAAAGGUUUUUAAUUUGGAAUGCCAAAGAGGUUGGAAAUGGGGAAAUUAGAAUUGAAGAGAAGGGAAAGAAGUUAUAGAGCUAUGAAAGGGUUGGGGUUUAUCCUAUUAACUCUUUUUUUUUUUUUUAAAGAUUUUAUUUAUUUGAGGGAGAGAGAAUGAGAGAUAGAGAGCACAAGAGGGAAGAGGGUCAGAGGGAGAAGCAGAUUCGCUGCCGCGCAGGGAGCCCGAGGUGGGACUCGAUCCCGGGACUCCAGGACCAUGACCUGAGCCGAAGGCAGUCGCUUAACUGACUGAGCCACCCAGGCACCCUAUCCUAUUAACUCUUGAGAUUAUCAGUAUUGUGAGUCUUUCUGUAUCGUCAGUGCCCGGUGCACUGCCUGGCAUAGCAUACACCCUCCACAAACACCAUAGAAUGGGUGAAGGGACACAUGAAUGAGAAGAAAGAGAGAGAUUCUGGAGAGGUUGUGUAGGAAGGAUUUACAGUAUUUGUCAAGACACUGGGUGUAGAGAUCUGAGGGAGAAGGAGUCAAAGGCACUUAGAAGUUUUGAAACAGAAGGGAUUUUGAAUUAAUGUCUGAUGAAUGGAAGAAUAAAUCCACUCAUUUACAAGUAUCUGUUAUAUGAAUAAAAUAAUGAAUGGGUCCCGGCAGAUGGGUAAGGAAUCUCCUUAAAGAAGAACUACCCAAAGAUCUUACUUCUAUUCUUCUUUCAUGGCUUUUCUCUAAGAAUUCCCCUAGUUUCACAAUCUUUUUUUUUUUUUUUUUCCCUGACAGUCUGGGGUCUGGGUCUGUGUGAUCCCUCCAGACCCAUGCUACUCAGAGACCUCGGACUGACAAAUUCUCUUUUGCAUCCUGUCUCUCUAGGUGACCCUCACCGGCCUUCUUUGUGUCCCCAUAAAUCUCGUUUACAAAGUCAUGGGGAGGCCUUCUCCUCACCAGGAUCUCUCUGUCCAGAAAACAGGAGUAGGAGGUCCACCUUCCCACUAGCCAAAAAUUGUGAAUCUCGAGUUGAAAAUGCCCAGCACGGCCCAGUGCAGAUGAUGAUCACUCUCCUCACAGCUCUUUUCAGGUUUUCCUUCUUUGUCUAUAGCCCAGUGACAGAGAGUGCUGGUCAAAGACUAAGCCUGAGCUGCCUUGUGUGUGAAAUAAGAUAAGAACCAGAAAUGUAUAACUUGCCAUUUUUAAAAAAGGUCCAAUAUUUCCUGGAGUUGAGUUCAGGAGAAAAGCUUUGGGGAUCACAGUUGCCUAUGAAGGAGGAAUGAAGGGUCAUAACCGGAGAAAACAGGUGUCUUUCCCACCAGCUCUGAGUGCGAAGAAAGCAUUCUAACAUCUGACCCAAUUCCCAUGCUUUAACCCUCUUCUUGACUUAUGGUCAUUAUAGGCAUGUGCCCCAACUAGUUGUAUGGGUCUCACCUGGUACCGUAGGGUUACUUCACUGCCAUCGAAGAGGACCCGACUAAGGGCAGAUCAUCUCAAAGGUGACUCCGGCAAAAGCAGAGUGAAAAACUAGGAAUUCUGUCAGGGAGGGUUGGGGGGAAAGGGAGACCUACGGUAUAUCACCAUGAGAAUGAUCUAGUUCUGAAACAAUUUCACUAUCUUGAAUGACAGAAGGCAAAAUGAAAGGUCCCAACUUGGUGGGGGACCCAGUUGAAAUGACAGGGCUUUCCCAGAGGUUCUCACUAUAAAAACAGGGUUGUGAUUGUUACCUGAUUUAGAAAUAUGGCCAUCUAGGAGGAGAAUGUGGGGCAGCCUCUCUGGGCCUCACGUCUGCACCAUCAUCCCCUCCCAAUGUGGCCCAGGUCACUGGGGAGGGCUUGACCUCUCUCCCUAACUUCCAGAGAAAGGGAGGUUUGGCACAGGGAGACCCUAGGAGCCUGGGACAAGGAGGGGGAGGGGGAGGGGGAGGGGGAGGGGGAAGAAUUUUUAAGAGAACAUUGAAACUGGCUUUUACUCAGCAUUUAAUUUUAAAGAAAUUUAAAAGUGAUCAGGAAAGACCAGCCACAAAAGUGCUGAUGCUCUGGGGGUCAGAAUCUCUUCUCAUUCUAAUUAUCUGUCAGAAAUUCUGAGAUUUUGAGUCAGAAAUGAUGGGGAAAGUCUUUUCUCCAUCAUGAAAGAAAACCUUGACAUUUCUUUUCUUCCUUUCUUGCCUGAGCUCAAGAGAGAACAACUCCGGUGCAUUUACCUUUCAAACCGCGGAAUGAAAUCAGGAUCGUUUCUCUCCACCAUGGACAUUCCGGUCAGAUCCGCUGCCUAACCAUCCUGAGCUCCAGGCCUCAUGUGUGUACCGAGACCCUGCUAAAUGCUCAGAUUAUGUCCUUCCACAGCUGGGCUUCCUGCUUUCCCCAAGAACAAUCGAUUUUUCCAGCCCACUGGGGGCUCUUUCCUUACCCGGGAACUUUGGGAAAACUUAGAGGGGAAGCCUGUUCUGUCCAAGAAGAGAACCCUGGUGGAGUCUAACCUCAAUCUGCAAAUCCGUUCCUCAAGCCUCUAAUGAGCAUCGAUUCCACAGGAAAAAGACAACCAGAGCAGUAGCUGAUGUCUGCUGAUCAGUCCCUGACCCUGCUCCAGGUGCGCCCAUCUACCGAGAGAGGCGCUCAUUUCUCCUUUUCCGUAGGAAGAAACAUGUUAAGGAUUUAUCAGGUAGCACUGUUUAUCCAACUAAGCCCACUCAGCCUAUGUGCAAAUAGCUCUCAUGCCCUCCUGUUGCCUUGGUAGGUAAAAAUUACUCUAGUGACGGUGUUAGAAAAGCUUUGGGCACAAGGAUCUCAGCAAGCAAGAAGGAAGGAAAAGUAUCUUCAGGGUGACAACUCUCCUGACUCUUUCCAGAAAGCUGACGGAGCCGCCUCCACCCUCCUGAGCCCUUCGACUGGCUAAUGAUUACCCCACAGUAAAAAUUAUCACUAGUUCAUUAUGCAUUUUUCGUAUUUGCUUCUUGUCCGUUUCCCUGACACCUCCCAACUAGGAUGUAGCUCCAGGAGGGAGGGAAUUUUUGCCUUGUUUUCACUCUUUAAUGACUGCACCCAGAACCUUCCAUUAAUAUGUGCUCAAGAAAAAAAAAAAAACAAACGUUGAAUGAUUAAAAGAAUAAACGAUUCUCUACUUCUUUCACCUCUUAACUGUGGUUGGGCGAUCUUCAGAGCAGGAAGUGGGAAGAGAGAUUUCCCCUGCUUCUUCCAUAAGACAGAGAGGAAGACCAAAAAUACAGCAUAGCUUGUGGUUUCCGGCACAACCUAAAUUUCUUCACCUUCCCUUUUCUGAGAGUACCGGGAAGCCCAGCGAACUACAAAACUCUCCUGUGCAAAUACUGCAUCAGUCUUCAAACAUCCUUAUCAGGCAGUAUUUGGUAAUUUUACUUUCUGUUACUGUCUUUUAACCGAAGUAACCUUAGGCCCGGCCGACUGUGAAAAAAAAAUGCAGCCUGCCCUCUCUGAGGCUCAGGCUCAGGACCUUCAGAUUAUGAGACUGACGCGCGGCCUACUGCGCUAAGAGGGCGGUUUGCUGUGGGUUUUCCCAUUUAAAGUAAAAUAUCAAAUAUUAUUUUCCCCAGCACCGCUGUUUUGUUAGUUUCCAGCGUUUAAGGAAUACAAUCGGUGCUACUUGAAAAUCACUCCAUAUAAGCCAGUGGUGCACCCAAAGGAUUUCACACCCACGAGCAGUGAAAUCCAAGCCUUUCCGGGAUUCACCCGAGGGUAGGCCCGUCUGGGCUGCGGGACUGGGGGACAGGUGCGCCUGGCUUUUGCUGCUCUGGUGUCCUAAUGAUGUGGUUUUCCUGCCCUCAGAGAUCUCAGGUGGUCUUACACCUUCCGUGGUCUCCUUUGUUGAAAAUAAACAUGGGAGAUGCUUAGUUAA